AUAAUUGUUUCGUGAAUUGCCGAUUCACCAUGGAUCAGCUGGUCUCAACGCGUGUCCAAACACGUUCUUCGUUAGCAUGUCUUCAAUGCCGGACGAAACACGUGAAAUGCGAUGCCAAACAACCUCGAUGCAGUCGAUGCAUAGCCUACGACAAGACUUGCCAAUAUACAGCUUCAAGACGCGGUGGCCUUGAUCGAGCGGCUUUGACGGAAAGGCGGAGACGUCUUGCUUCUAAGGAUGAUAGGCAAUCGAACAAUAUUGUGCCGGAGAUAUCCGUGGCAGUAUCUGAUGAGGGAAUCACCUUGGGCGAUGAAUCUGUGAUGGGGGCGGAUUGCAUGGAGGUUUUUCAACAUGCGAGCUUACCCGUUCCAACACCAGUUUCAGAGAACCGCGAAACACCGCAUUUCAACUACGAUGGCCUCGCUGAUGAUACUCUGGUUAAGUCGUACUAUGCCAACUUCCACCACUUCCAUCCUUUUGCUCCUCCGUUCAAGCACCUAGUCCAACUAUCCCAGGCGUCGGCUCUCAACUUUAAUCCCCUCAUAGCUGCCAUGCGACUGAUUGGCCAUAUUUACGACACUCACCAAUGGUCAGAAUCACUAAGCCGCGACGUCGAGGCUCAAACAUCCCAGCUUAAACCAUCAGAUGCAGUGCAAGUCCAGGCUCGUCUGCUAUACUCCAUCGCUUUGUUUUGGUAUACCUUCAAGGCCGAAGCAAAAGAGCAGAUAGAUGCUGCAAUCAAUGUUGCUGUCAAUUUGGAAAUGCAUAGGCAGGAGUUCGCUGCUAUAUAUGGAUUCGGAGACCCGAUCAUGAUUGAAUGUUGGAGACGAACGUGGUGGAUGUUAUUCAUCGUGGAUGCUUCCUACGCUGGAACACUGGGGACGAUGAACUUCAAAACAGUACAUGUCGAACCUACCGCGGAGCUUCCUUGUGAAGAGUCCGAAUAUGACGCAGGUACAAUUCCCGCACCAAAGACUUUACAAGACUUCGAUUCUCGUGAGUUCGAUAGCGAAGACGUGGUAUUCUCGUCCUUCGCCUAUCUCAUCGGUGCAGUCCGCUGCGCAGCACAAGUCAUUUGCAUGUCACCAAAAAAGGCGACAAGACAAGAUUCAGAGGCCAUCAUACAAUCCGCUGACUCGGCGUUCGACGCCUGGCUACUGCUACUGCCCAAGGAUAAAAAGCCAGUGCUGAAGGGAGACGGAACCAUUGAUGAGUUGAUGUUUCAAGCUCACUUACUUAUACAUGUUGCAACUAUUGGGAUACACAGACCAUUAUCGGAUCUGAGAUUCAACCCCGUUGAAAAGGUAUCAAGCUGUGCUCGAGAACCGCCCACAGACACACCGAAGCCCAAUCUCAUCAACGUGCACACGACCAGAAUUCUCAAAUCCGUCAACGCACAAAUUCAACUGUUGGCAUUACCUGUCCGUCCAUUUCAUCACACCCCAUUCACUACGUGCAUGGUUAGCGAAGGAACACUUGCCCUUCUCUCAGCUUGUACCUACAUGUUGGAAGGUCAAGCUUUGGCGGUGGCGCGAGAUCAGAUUAGGUUAACUAUUGGGUGUCUCAAGGCUGUAGGUGAGGUUUGGCCGAGGACGGCAAGGAAUGUGAAGGAAAUACAGACUAUUGCUCGUCAUGUUCUUGGACUUGGAGGCGGUAGUAGAGCAACGGAGAGCACUCCGGGAUCAACCCAAGUCCCGAGUUUGACGCAAAGCGAGGGAGAAGGUAGCAUGGAGUCUAUACCAACCAUGGACCAGGGGGAUGAUGUUUUUGCGUCUUUGGGGUCUUUUGAGGAUAUAUGUGGGUGGGUGAAUAUGGGUAUAGAUUUGGAUCCCAACAGCUGGAUUUCAGGAAGCUCAGACUAAACCUGGGCGGAGUUUUUCUGGGUCUAUGAAAAUUAGUAUCUAUUAAAUUUCUAAUGUUCAAUAUCUC